UGGGAGAACCAGACACACUCAGUUUUACUUUUUGUGUGAACGUAACAUUAAUUUCUCACUUUUAAAACCAUCGCUUAACAGGUAUAAAUAAUAAUACAUUUAUUUAUUUAUUAUUAAAUAUGUUAUUUCGCUUCGUGGGUGAACAUGAAAUACAGAUUAAGGGCAGUGGAUUAAACAUGCAAGAUAAUUGAUUGGAUAAUUCGCAUAAAUGUUGGCACGUUUGUUCAAGUGGAGACCCUUUGUCAAAUCAGCAAGAGUGAUUUUCAGGAGCCAGUCAUGAAGUCCAUAAUCUCUGGGCUGCACUUGAAAUUUGCAGAGAAGACCUGGAAUGAAACCUUUCAGCUUGUCCGAAGAUGCAUGGACAAACCCAAAGAUGAAUCCAAACCCUGUCAGCCGCUGGCUAGAUCUCUGGAAAGGCUCCAGGAAGUGGUAACUGUGUCCUCUAUGAAUACCAUGAGGUCUCGCCUGGAAAUGAUUGCCAAACAACAAGGAAUGGGCUUUCACAUUACUGAGGCCACAUGCUACCUGACAGCCGAUCUGUUCUACCUGGAGGUGGUGUUGCUGCCGUGUGGCGGGGCGAAGGAGGUGAAAGUGGCUCCACAUGGAGGAUUCCCUGUUCCCAGUGAGUCCCUUCUUCAGCCGCUGAGGUCAAAACAUUUUGCCGAGUUCUCUGGGAAGUUGGCAGGCCUCUACACCCAGUACAACAUCCCUGGAGACAAUGAAAGCAAAUUAAAAUUGUUUGCAUCUCUGCAAUGCCUCGGGAAAGACUUGCAGCAAAUAUCACAUUUACAAAGGUUGCCAAAGGACUCUGAUCCCCAAGCUGACAUGAUUAACAAUGGCAGGAUUGGGUGUCUGAUAGCUGGAAAAGAAGAUAGCCCAAUGAAGAUCCAGUUCUUUAUCCCCCCGACUGAUGGAAUGAAGACCUCAGAUUUACAAAUGACAGAUACAGAGAUGGUCGUCCAGGCAGCCCAGGUGACGGUUGGUGCCAGUGAUGUGACCCACAUGCUUCAGAUGGCAUCUGUGAUCCCACAGCCUCCACAGCUGGAUGCCCAUGGUUAUCCUGUGUUCCUGACGUUGAGUGAGGCGCCUCAUGAGGCGCUGCCUGCCUGCUUUCUCCUCAAACUGCAACCCGCAAUACCAAUGAUGUUGUCUUUUGUGAAAAAGCUCAGCCACAUUACAGAUGUGGCCAUACCAGAUGUUGACCUGCAGUGGGCGCCCUUACCCAAGCUUCUCAUGAGACGUUCACGUGCAAACAGCAAUGGGGAGACAUUAGAUGAGCAGGAUAUUAUUUUUACAGUGCCUCUUCCUGGUGGUGUGAUGCACAGUUACAUCCUCCCUGGAGAUGCAUGGGAGGUGCCUGCCCUGAGAGGGACUGUAGUGGACAGUGUUCCCUUCACUCACCCAGCCCGAGUCCCGGCCCUGCUGGACCUGCUUCGACAUCAGUGUGCCAUCAACACCCUGCUGAGGAGCUGCAUCACUUCUCAGUGUGCCGGAACAGAUUCGGCAUGUGACCUGCACUUUGAAGUCCUCCCGGAGUCUGAGACCAGCUUUUCUGUUACCUUCCACCGACCUGACGCCGACUCCCUCGCUGUCUUGCUGGUGAACGUAUCUGGUUUGCAUCAGAUUACCUGCACUUUGUUCGGGGCAGGAAUAGGGGAUGCUUCUUUGGAUGAAUACCUUUCCACUGUCAUGAAGAGGUUCAUGUCCAUUCCUGUUACAUUGAGGACAUUAUACAGCAAGCUAGAGAAGAUCACCCCUGCUCCACUUUCUCCCAGCCGCCCUGCCACCACAGAGGCCGAAAAUGACCACUCGGCUCCCUCAAGCACCGCUGUGAACGACACCAACGGCGCCUUGACCACGUUGUCCCAGAGUGCAGCUGUGCCAGAGUGCAGCUUCAGUGUUUCUGGUUCGUCUGUAGACAAGUCUGAGCUCUCUGAGCUCCUUCCUGAAAUAAACACAAGUCCUGCUGUCAACCCUUACCCGUUCGAUCCUGUGGGUGUGUAUUCACACUGGAUGACCAAUAGUGGCCAACUGUCAGAGCUGAUCUAAAACUGUAUGUGUGUUUACAUGUGAUGACGUUAAGUUUAAGCCUUUUAUAAUGUGUCAUUUUUAGAUUUGAAUAAAUAUUUUUGGCUAAAGCAA